CCCUCUGAGGCGCGGCGCGGCGAAUCCCGGUCCCGCAAAGAUGGUGCGGAAACUGAAGUACCACGAGCAGAAGCUGCUGCGGCGGCUGGACCUGGUGAACUGGGAGGCGUCGGGCGGGAACUUGGCGGAGGUGCGGGCGCUGCGGCGGUACCGGGUGGGCCGGCGGGAGGAUUACGUGCAGUACAAGGCGCUGGCCCGCGCCGUGCGCGCCCUGGCGCGGCGCCUCCGCGACCUGGGCCCGGCCAGCGCCGCCUUCCGCGCCCGCUGCGCCGCCGCGCUGCUGGAGAAGCUGUACGGGCUGGGGCUGGUGAACAGCCGGCAGUCGCUGGCCGUGUGCGAGAGCCUCUCGGCCUCCGCCUUCUGCCGCCGGCGCCUGCCGUGCCUGCUGGUGAAGCUGCGCAUGGCGCAGAACCUGCGGCACGCCGUCACCUUCGUGGAGCAGGGGCACGUCCGCGUGGGGCCCGAGGUGGUGACAGACCCCGCGCUGCUCGUGCCCCGCGCCGUCGAGGACUUCAUCACCUGGGUGGACGCGUCGCGCCUGCGGCAGAAGGUGCUCGACUACAACCAGGAGCGUGACGACUUCGACCUGGCCGCCUAAGCCUGCCCUGCCUCACAGGACACGCUCACCGAUAACACCACCACGGGAUACUCACACACCUGCAAAGGGAGCCAGAAGGAAACUGUGCGCUUCCAGUGUCGUACUGACCUGCUCCUGGCUCCCUUUCACAGCUGAUGCUUCCAUUCAUCCAUUCAGAGGAACAACCUUUACACAUCCACUGCUUCAAGAAUACAUCCAGUGGCCUAGCUCCAUCAUCAUCCCUGGCAGCUGUCCUGGUUUAGGGCAGAUUUUUCUUCUUCCCUGCUUCACGCUCAGAUCUAAAGGUGCACAACUUAUUUCUGGGCUCGAUACAGAUGGGGAUACCAGCAUCACCCCAGGACACAUCUCAGCUCCAUCAUCGUGCCCAGCUCCCUCAUCCUUAAAAGUGCAUCUCCAUCAUCCUUACAUCCCAUAAAGCAAAAGUGCUUGGAAAAGUCUCUGCCCAGUUGCAGGAGAGGAUUUUAGUCAGGCUUAAGUGCUUGGCAGCUUAACAGCAGCUGCUGGAAGGGGUUUUAAGCCAAGCUGAGCGACUGUUUGAAGACUCAGUUCAGCUGCUUCACUGCUCUUUUUCCAAGAGGUUGUUCUGGUUCCUCCUUUGGCUGUUGAAUGCACAGGAAUCAGUUACUUCUGGAAGCGUUUUCUUUUGAUAUCAAGGAAUAGGGAGGGGAUUUCUCGGGGCCAGCAGUAAACAAGAAGGCCAAAUACCAUGUUUCUGGAACUGUUAAAAGUUUUAGCCAAAAACGGAAUUAAAAACAAAACAGAAAAACUUUAUUGUCAUGUGAAGUUUGAAGGGAUGUUUGAUGCUUUGAGUUGUGUCUUUGCUGUGUGGGGUUCCUGAUGACCAUUAUGAAUCAUUUAUGGAUGAGGAUAUAACUGGGGAGGUGUUGGAGCAAAAGCUGGUGUAACCAUAACUGCAGAUUUGGGGGAACUUCUGCAUUUAGUACAUUAGCCAGGGUCUGUUGGGAACUUUGUUCAUUUUUGAUAAAAAAGCAGAAAAACAAAAAUAAAACUGUUGGGUUUUUUAGUUGGUGAAGAAA